GGUUACCUUUGCCCAAUCACCAGCCCAUUUCCCGCCAUGCUGACUCUCGCUCCUAAAACCCUAUCUGCUUCCCCAUUUUCUUUGAACCCCAUCGCUCAAGCUUUAUUCCAUGAUUCUAACUUCUCCUUCAAGCUCAAAUUUAACAGAAAAUGCAAAUGUGAGUAUCAAACUGAAAGGGGCCUGCAAUUUGAGACAGGCGAGGCCUUUUUCCGGAGCGAAAGCGCUACCGGCCGAGACCUCGGCGUGCUCGCCGCCGCUCUCCACAAGAAGUCAAAUGGGAGCUUGCGUGUUCUUGACGCAUUGUGUGGCUGUGGAAUACGGUCGCUUCGGUACCUCGAAGAAGCCGGUGCGGAUUUUGUUGUGGCAAACGAUGGGAAUGACAGUUAUAGAAGCACUAUAGUGGAGAACUUGUCAAGGGCAAAUAACUGUUCAGAGAAUGAACGGAGAUGGGAAAUUACUCAUUUAGAAGCUAAUCGUGUCAUGACAGAUUACUAUUUGCAGAAGAAUUUCUUUGACUUCAUUGACAUCGAUUCAUUUGGCAGCGAUUCUUCUUUCUUGCGGUCUGCUAUUAUCUCUUUGAAAUUGGGCGGGUUGCUCUAUGUUACUUCAACCGAUGGCUAUUCGUCUGGUGGCCACCGUCCUCAUCAUUCUUUAGCUGCAUAUGGAGCUUAUGUGCGCCCUAUGCCAUAUUCGAAUGAGGUUGGUUUACGCAUGCUUAUAGGUGGGGCUGCAAGAGAGGCUGCGGUGUUGGGUUAUCAUAUUACACCUUUAUUUUCGUACUAUGCUUAUCAUGGACCUGUUUUCCGAGUCUUGCUGAGAUUAAAUCGUGGGAAGCUUCAUAACAAUAGACAUUAUGGCUUUAUUGGCUAUUGCCACCAGUGCGGAAAUUCCAAAGAAUUUUCAUGGGAUGAACUUGGCCAGCUCAGUUGCUCCUGCAGUAAUUCAAAGGUUUCUACCUCCCUGGUGGUUUCAGGACCACUAUGGACAGGACCUCUUCAUGAUGCCGCAUAUCUUAUGGACAUGUUAUAUCUUGCCCAGCAGUGGGGAUGGGUUGACGGCAUGGACAAUCUCGGAAAACUUAUUAAACUGAUGAUGGAUGAAAGUGACCCCAAGUUGCCAUUUGGAUACAUCAAGUUGGAUGAGAUGGCAAGUCGUGCAAAAAUGAAUUCUCCUCCUCUGAGGACCUUGAUGAGUGCCAUCCAUAAGAAGGGGUUUGCUGCCAGCAGGUCUCACAUAGCCAGCAAUGCUAUCAAGACGAAUUGUCCCAUGACUGAGUGCAUCAGUAUUGCCAAGGAACUACUAUUGGUUCGAACUGCUGAAUGAUUUAAGGGCCCAAGUUACCGGUCAGUGGUUGUUGAAGAGUGCUUAAUGUUAUCGCUGCAUGCACUGGUUGAUGCCUGACUGAAAACGAGCUAAAUGGUCAGGCGCUCGGUGAACGAAGUAGGCCGAUCACACUGUUGUUGCAAACUGGAGACUCAAUAUUGGAUUGAAAGAAUUGACGGACUUCGAGUAAAGGACUAGGUUUGUCUGCAUUGAUGACGUGUUUUGUUCGUCUCUGAAAUAUCUUCUUUUAGAUUUGUAGGUGAGAUACAUGCUCUUACCUUUGCUUUCUUCUUGUUACUGCCAAGUAAGAUCAAGUUUUUAUUUAAUUUACCAGUUAAAAGAAGAAGAAGAAGAAGAGUCAGAUGUUACAGUACUAAA